AUAAACUUAUUAAAUAGGUCUAGUAAAUGUCUUACGGAGGCUGAAAAGCCUUCGGAGCAGCUUGGUGGAAGAUGGAUGUUUAUCAGAGGCAGCUUGAAGUUAUCAGUAGUACACAACAGUGGUCAUGUUGUGACGGAGAUAGAAACAGACCAGGAGCACAUUAGGAAUCGCAUCCACAACCCCUUAUCUCUAUCCUCCUACCGCAUUCUGGCAUCUAUUCUGGGCGAUAGACUGGUCAAGUUUGGAAUCACACAAGUAGCAAUGCAACCGUUUUCAAAUUCUGAGCUCAACACACCCAAGAUGAAAUCGCUCAUUGAAGCGCUAGAAGAACAAGGCGUUAGUUGUAGUGAGAAAAACCCACUCAAUUGGAAAAAGAAGUGGCCGGCACCUCUCGGUUGGAAGAAGGGCACAUUCACUCGGCAGCCCAACUCAGUGUAUGACAUGCUGGGAUCAAAGUUUCAACACCCAUACCUAAAACGGGUUCAAAUGAAAAAGGCAAUCGAAGACAGAAAUAAACUGUAUGCGACAGACUCAAACUAAACUGAUUUUUUUUGUGUGACCAUUUAACUUUUCAAGUCUAAGAUCUCAAUUUUUUGGAUUCCGAUUUAUGGCUCAUAUUUUGGUUGUAGGCCAACAAGCCCAAAAUUAAAAUUGUUUCGCAUCAUAACAGCAGAUUGUCAUUGUUACGUAAUUCUGAUGCAAUUUCGGCUUCAAGAAUAUCGAAAAAAAAAUCUAAAUCAAAUGGAAAAUUGAAUUGUGGCUACCUUG